AUGUCUGCUCCACGCCGUAAUGGACAGUUAUCAUCCUGUGAGCCUUGCAGGAAGUCUAAGCUCCGAUGCGAUCACUCGGCUCCAGUAUGUAACCGAUGCGUCCGACGGGGUAAAUCGGACCUCUGUGUUUACCACCCAGCUCCGCUCACUAAGCCGCGCGAAUUAUCACGACCAUUGAAGGCCACCAAGAUAGCAACCAAGGAACAAACGCUGGUGCCUGCAAAGACCCUGACAUGGGAUAGUCUGGGCGCUUCAUCUCCAGUGACUGUGUUAGGGUCAGCGGCAUUUCCCAGUCCGUCGAAGCCUCCAUUCUCAGGAUCGGGGUUCCUGGGUCCCACCAGUUACUCUGGUGCUUUCAGCAAUAGUGAGCUUGAUGUAGUGGACUUUCCUUCAUCCACAAAAUCCACCCCUAUCGACCCUCAGCAGGUGGCACGGGGUGCCCAGGUACUCUUUCUGUUAGAGCAUCUACCGUUGUAUGCCGAAAUUUCAGAGAAGCGCUUUGCGAUUUCGACGGGAUGGGUUUUCGGUAUCCAACUGAUGGAUCAGUUGUUCAAGGUCCUAGGAGAGGUUUACCGCAAUGCAAUCCAGGGCUCGGGAAACAAGUAUGCGCGCCUUCUGGAUCUCUCCAGGGCCUUUUUUAAGAAUACAUUGACUCCUAUCGUGACCCAUGACUCGAUGACGUUGGCGGAAUACUUCUCGUUGGCAUCGCCGCGCUGGGAAAUGUUAUCUUUACUCUUCAGCUUUGCUGGCACAGCAACAUAUCAAAUACCACCGCAUAGUCUGGGAUUGGAGCAUCAGGAUGAAAUCACGAGCAAAGAAGGAUUGCGACAAAUAUGCAUGCAGGCAAGCCAGACAUGUCUGCAGUUUUGCAAUCAUUUAGGGACCCUCAGUGACCCUUUGUCGUGGGCUAUGCUUCAGCAUGCAAUUUAUCUAUCGCAUAUGCAUGGCAGUAGCGAUCACAGAACAUGGCAAAUGCUCGGAGAUAUCACGACCACAGUUUUUGCACUCGGACUGCACCAACCCGAUACCGAUACCACAGCUCCAUUCUUUUUGAAGGAGACCCGGAAAAGAACGAUGGUUGGGGCAUAUGCGCUUGACAAAGAGCUUGCAACAUUCCUAGGCAGGCCCCCACGGAUAUGUUGGCGUUAUUGCAAUAUCCAAUACCCAUUGGACAUGAGCCACGAGGAAAUUGUUGCCGAACCCGCUAUAAGAGACGCAGCUAUUGCACGCUUAGAUCCCGAAGGCUGGAAUAUCGACGGCCGCAUCGACAUGGGAGCCAACGCUCGAGCCGGACUGGCUGCUAGUAUCGAUAAAGAGAACGCGUUGGAAAUAUCACUCAGUAACAGGCUAGACGGAUUAGAAGAAAAGGUUCAAAAUGCUUGCAAAAAGUCAGACGAACUACGACGCAGUCUACCUGCAUGCCUACAGUGGACAGAGGAUAAAACAGAUCCGCAAGUUGCGUCUUAUCACGUGGAAUUUCUUUACCACGAGUUCCUGCUAUUGCAGACCCUCUACAAACGGGUUGGAAAGGGUAUUGAUGCUUUCGCCAAUAAGGCUUUGGAAAUCAUUAGCACCCUACUGCAUAUGGUAUCAUUGGAGACACGCUCAGGCCGAGUCCACCCAAGCGUCAUCUUGGAUCUCUGUUACAUCGGCCUCCCUGCCGCCGGUACGCUUUGCACCGAACUUCUGCGACGAUCACAGCCCCAGACUAGCGUAGCCACCGCAUCACAAACACCGUUUCCCCGUUCCGACAUCAUACAAAAGUUGAGCGUGUUUGUCGCGCAGUUGAAAACCUUCUCUCGCCAACAAGAGGGUGACUACGAGAUCUGCAUCAAGGGGCAGAAGAUUAUCUCUCAAGCACUAGAUCGGGUUCUCUCACCAGCACCGGUAGGCGUGGUAGCUUCUAGUGACAUCUCUUUGGAUACUGAGGCACCAGGAGGUGAUAUUGGAGAUAAUGAUUUUAUGGCAUUUUUGGAGACGUUUGACUGGGAGCAAGAGAUGAGGUUGACUUUUGGAUGUUGA